UGCGGGGUCUGGGGAGACCAGAUAUAGUGAAUGCAGGGUCCGGGGAGAGCGGAUAUAGUGAAUGCAGGGUCCGGGGAGACCGGAUAUAGUGAAUGCGGGGUCUGGGGAGACCAGAUAUAGUGAAUGCAGGGUCUGGGGAGAGCGGAUAUAGUGAAUGCAGGGUCUGGGGAGACCAGAUAUAGUGAAUGCAGGGGUCCGGGGAGACCGGAUAUAGUGAAUGCAGGGUCCGGGGAGACCGGAUAUAGUGAAUGCAGGGUCCGGGGAGAGCGGAUAUAGUGAAUGCGGGGUCCAGGGAGACCGGAUAUAGUGAAUGCGGGGUCUGGGGAGAGCGGAUAUAGUGAAUGCGGGGUCCGGGGAGAGUGGAUAUAGUGAAU